AUUAGUAUCAUGGAUCAUGAUCACAUGAAUAACAUGCCACCACCAUCACCAUCAUCAUCAUCAAUGUCGAAUCAUACCAAACCACACAUGAUGAUGAUGCACAUGACGUUCUUUUGGGGUAAGAACACGGAGGUUCUCUUCUCCGGCUGGCCCGGGACAAGCUCUGGCAUGUACGCUCUUUGUCUGAUCGUUGUCUUCCUCCUCGCUGUAAUUGCCGAGUGGCUCGCUCAUUCGCCUAUCCUACGUGCCAGUGGCUCAACCAAUCGUGCCGCCGGGCUUGCUCAGACCGCGGUGUACACACUCAAGACUGGUCUUUCGUAUUUGGUGAUGCUCUCUGUUAUGUCCUUUAAUGCAGGCGUUUUCAUCGUUGCUAUCGCCGGAUACGCCGUUGGUUUCUUUCUAUUUGGAAGCACUACGUUCAAGAAACCCUCCGAUGACCGGAAAACCACCGAGCUUCUCCCGCCGUCGUCAGGCUGCGUUUGUUGAACAAUUGAAAUUACUCUUUGUUAUUUUUUUUUCUUAUAAUUAAAGAAUUUUUCCCUUGUAUGUGGUUGGCUUUAAAUUCUAAUAUUUCGUUUUGGUUUUCAGUAAAAUUAAAUAGUAGAA